GCGGCAUUUCCCAGCGUGCAAGCAGGAGCAUUCGGCCUGCUUCCCAACUUACAUUCCAACAAAAACAAAGAAAAGUAAUAUCAAACAGUUUAUUAAUGAAACGAAAUAAUAUACUUGAGCAAUAUGAGCGAGAGAUAGAAUGGCUUUGUGCCUGAGAGAUCAAGUAAACCAAAUGAAAAUGUUCAGCCCUUUUGGCUUGUGGAUUAACUAUUGUUAGUGUGUGGUGUUUUUGGCACAAAUUGUAACACAUUCAAUUGAAAAGCGUCAAACCGAAAACAAAUUUAACAUCCAUCUCACAGCCAAAAAGUACACAAAAAUUGAGUCAAAACAAAUCAGCGAAAUAGUUUUUGGCACAACAGGAUGAGCCAAAGUUUUGAUAGUUCACAUGGAAGUGGAAGUGUAGGACCUAGGUUAGGUUAUCCAGAGCGUCAGUCCUCGGAGGAUGUGCCCGAGUCUACAGCCACAGCAACGACGGAAACAGGAACAGCAACAACAACAGCCGGAGAUGGACAACAAGGAGCGGGUGUCGGAGCUGGAGGUGAGGAUAAUAUUACCGAUGACAAUUUCGAAUCGAAUUUGCGGCGUCGCAAAGGCAAAAUAAUAUCCUGUGCCAAAGAGACCAUUGAGAAUGCUUCCCGCCAUAUUCGCCGCAAAGUUCCCUACGCUGGUCAUUUGAUGACGCCGCGUCGGCUCUGGCUGAAUAAAAUCCCAACACAAUGUGACGUAGUCAUUGAAUUUCCCGAGGAUUCCCCUGACGAGGCACUGCGUUGGCUGCUGGCACGCAUACGCUCCCAACCGCCGGCCGGGCUAGGUCUCCUGGUGCAGGUCAAGGCACAUGAGAGCACGCGACGGAAUGCCUUCUAUGUCAGUGCCCCCGUGAAUGUCCUUUUUAAAGCCGCCGAGGAGGCCCGCCUGCCCAAGCGUCUGCGUCCGGAUCUAGGUAGCGCCCUAAGGGAGUUUACCACCCGCGAGAGCCAUUGUUUUCAGCAGUUGAGAGGUGACGUGGCCAGCACCGCGCUCUUUACCUCGCAGGAGCGUCAGUGGCUGGUGUUGCAGGUGCUGCAGGGCCUGCGUGCCGGCUGCAGUGACAUCGAUGCUCUGCAUGGACGCGCAGCAGUGGCCGAGGGCCAGAGCAUUGUGGCCGCCUGGCAGGAGUCGGGUCUCAUUACACAGGUCUUUCCGCUGCACGAACCAAGGUCGUUGACACAACUUCAGACUCACUGGGUGAAACAAAUAUUUGCACCACAGCCUCUGGACGACAUUGCUGCUUAUUUUGGGGUGAAGGUUGCCCUGUACUUUGCCUGGUUGGGUCAUUACACGUGCGCCUUGGGUGUGCCGGCUAUUUUUGGCACAAUUCUUUACUGCAUUCUCUGGGGCAAGGGUCAAACAGCACAGGACAUGGGUCACGUGCUCUUCUCGCUGUUCAAUGUGGCCUGGGCUUCACUGUAUCUGGAGGCCUGGAAGAGGUACUCUGUGGAGUUGGCCUUUCGCUGGGGUACUCUAUCCACGCCGCCCGAACUACUCGAGCCACCUAGGCCGCUCUACAAGGGCCCUUUGGAGGAGAACAAUGUGACAGGUCGUCUGGAGCCCAAAGAGUCGCCUGCCUGGCAACGUCGAGCCUUUCGAUAUUUGGUUAGCUUUCCCAUUAUAGGAUGCUGCCUCUGUAUGGUCUUUGCUGUGAUGUUUCUCAUGUUGCGCUUUCAGGAUUGGCUGGAUCACCAUAAAAUACCCGAUAAAGGAAUUGCUCAAUGCAUGUAUAAUUUGCACAAGGACUGGUGGGACUCCAAGCUGCCUGAGGAUAGUGUCCUAUGCUGUCUGAGUGUCAUACCAAAAGUACUCCUAGCAGGAGCCAUCACCCUCAUGGAUGAGGCUUACUUUAAGCUGGCUGUGUGGCUCAAUGAUAAAGAAAACUAUCGCCUGCAAUCGAAAUAUGAAAAUCAUUUGAUAGCCAAAGUUGCGCUCUUCCAGUUUGUCAACUCCUUUCUAUCGCUCUUCUAUAUCGCCUUCUAUUUGCGCGAUGAAGAGAAGCUCAAAGAGCAACUGGCUGGCCUGCUCAUCUCGAGACAAAUCAUUGGAAAUCUACGUGAAUCGGCCCUUCCCUAUUUUGUGGAGCAAUAUAAACUGGCCAAAUUGAGUUUCAACAUGUGGGGUGCCCUGAGUCCCACGCAGAAUCUGACACGUAGUUUGGCAGAGGAAUUGGCCACAGCCGAGGCAGAGCUUAAGGCCGAGGCCUCUGGCACGCCCACAAAAACCCAUCAGCAAAGUCAAGAAGCCAGUAAAAGAAAUAUUGGCCAGGCUGAAAUUGAGAGUUCGUUGUAUAAGUACAAUGGCACCUUUUCCGAUCACCUGGAGAUGCUGGUGCAAAUGGGAUAUGUGGUGCUCUUUUCGGCUGCCUUUCCACUGGCUGGUAUGUGUGCGUUGAUCAACAACCUCAUGGAGAUACGUUCCGAUGCGUUCAAGCUGGCACAUGUGCACCAGCGACCGUUUGGACAGCGAGUGGCAAAUAUUGGCACCUGGCAGAAUGCUUUGAGUAUUCUCUCGCUGGCAGCUGUGAUUGUGAACUGUGCCCUGAUUGGACUCUCUGGUCAGGUGUCGAGGCUCUGGCCAGGACUAACCACAGCCCAGACAAUUAUAUUGAUUGUCACACUCGAACACAUUAUGUUGGGGCUGCGGCAGGCACUCACCUGGCUGCUGCCAGAGUUGCCCUCUUGGCUGGCAGCGGAAAUAGCUCGAGCUGAGCAUUGUCGACGGGAAAUGCAAUGCAAGGGCACCUCGCCACGUCCCACCCCGCCGACACCACAAUCGACGACCUCCACGCAGCCGGAACAGGAGGGCUCCCGUGGAAUGUUGCAACCGGAGAGCGGCGCCAACACCACACACGAUCAGUGUAUGGAGAGCCAGGUGGCAGAGGAUAUGCUGCUCUAUGGGCACGAGUUUGCUACCUCCGGCUAUGGGCGCAACAUCGAGGCGGAUGUGAAUAUUUAUGAGAAUCGUGAUUCGUCGCCCGAUUCCCCACCCUCUCAGACCAGCACAAUUCUUAUUAGACCGCUGCACGAGUCAACACCACCGCAUGGAGGCGCCUCCCUUUCCAGUCUGCAUUAUGAUGGCAAUGGAGGAGCUUGUGUUCGAAAAUCUCUGCACUUUAUACCGGAAAUACCACCAUUUCUUGGAUAUUCUGUGCGAAAUCUAAGCGUUAUGACCAAACAACAACAACAAAUCGGAGCAUCCGCCAGCACGCUAGCCCUAAACUCAGCCGCAUUUGCUGCCCGGAUGCAACCGAUACAUUUGCCGGAAAUACCGCCGUUCCGUAAGAAAUCAAGCGACUCUGCCGAUCACACUGGCAGCAGCAACAGUAGCAGUCCCCAGCGUGCUACGAUGCGGCAACUAUCAGCGCAAUAUCAGCCGCAACAGCAACUGCAGCAGGAACAUCAACAGAGGAUCUCGGAGAUACCGCCCUUCAAGACGCGCAAAAUAUCGGCAGAGAGUGCAACACAUUUGACGUUGAGUGACAAGCUACACAUAAAACUCCAUGCACCCGAAUGGAUGUCACGUUUAAAAGUCAACGACAAUGCGAUUCUUCAUAGAAGCAUAGAUUGUAUUGCCAAGGAACUCGCAAACAGUGACAAUACCUCCGAUAUUUUAAAGCCUGCACCGUCGUGGAGCAACGUGGCCCUGAAAACGGGUACUCCGGGAAGCUUGUUGGCCACACCACCUGCCUCGCAGCAACAGCAUCAUAUAGUGGCAUCAUCCUCCUCAUCGUCGGGUGGCGGUGGGAGCGUUUUCAGUACCAGUGGGCUAGGACCUAACGGAGCCUCCGGUAGAAUCAGUAAUUCCCAGUCAAGGCCCAGUGUGGGUGCCCUAUCAAAUUCGUCAUCCAGUUCAUCCCAUAAGCAGCAAAAGAAACUGGAAAAGGAGGAGAAGGAGAGAGAAAAGAAGGAGGAGAAAGAGCGAGGAAGGGAACGGAAGGAGGAGAAGGAAAAGGAGAGGAAAGAGGAGAAAGAAAAGGAGAAGCAAAGGGAGAAAGAACGGGAAAAGGAGAAGGAAAGAGACAAGGAGAAGGAAAAGGAAGAGUCUGCCGCUGCCUCCACAUCAGCGGGCGCUUUAGAUGACGAAGCGAAGGCCGCUGAACUAGCGGCCAAGAAAUCGCGCCUCAAGCAAAAACUGGUGAAAAGUGCGAGAUCUGUGGCAAUAUUCUCGCUAAAACUGAAGGAACGAAGACAGCGGGAGGCUGAAAAGGCAGCCACCAUAGCUGUAGAGCAUGCCAAGGCUCUGGCUAAGCUGCCAAUUCACCAGGCAGUGGGAGGGGAACUAUCUCUUAUACCUAUCGAACAACUGAUUCAAAUUGAGGAUCUCCAACCUGCGAUCAAGCCUUUAACAGCAAACGUAUCCACAACGACAGCACCGACAUCCACAUCGAGCCUGGCAGGCACAUCGAUGCAGCAUCAGCAUCACCAUCAAUAUCAACAGCAGCAGUAUCAUCCUCCACAUCCGCACACAGAUGACUAGACUUCUCAAGAGUUGAAAUUAAUUAGCAGCAGCUGCACAAACACACACAAUCUGUAAAUAGUUUUUCUAUGCACCCUUUACCCCACUCUACCCAUCUAACUAGCAGAGUUCUAGUCAAAGUUACCGUAGGCAAAUUGGCUGCAUGUGUGUCUUAUCCACAAUUGGCAGGAACUAAUUAGCUAAACCAAGUAAAUCUACCAACAAAAGCGGUCAGAUCCAUUUCGAUAUCUUAAAUAGUAUUUUACACUCCACUUUAAUCGAAAUCGCAAAUAUCGUACUCUCCAAAAAAAUCGAGAAGGGUUGUGUGAGAGAGAGAGAGAGAGAGAGAGCUUUUUACGCGUCACAACUUUUAUACCCGGUACUA